AUGUACGACCUUGUCGUGGUUGGUCAUGGCAUUGCCGGCCUCGCCGCUGCAGUAUCAGCUGCAGAACUCUCGCCCUCGGCGCAGAUAGCCGUGCUAGAGCAUGCACCAGAGCAUGCGAGCGGUGGAAACUCACGCUGGAGCCCUGCCAACAUGCGAAUGCCAUCUGUCAAUGAGGUAUUACCAGGCUUCGUGGACGACAUGGUGGCUGCAAGCGGAAGUGGUGGCGACCGCGCGUAUUUCGAAAGGCUGGCUAGCCAGGCCCCUGAAGCCCUCCAAUGGCUCGAAAAGCAGGGGGUGCAGUUUCACGCCAUGGACUAUUUCUUGAAAUCUUGGCCUAACAGGAUCCAGCCUAUUGGCAAAGGUGCUGCCAUUGUCGAAGCCCUCAAGCAAUCAGCCAAAUCGAAGGGUGUCCAACUGGUGUAUAAUUGCCGUGCCCAGCGACUUCAUCUUGGCCGAGGACAGGCCAUAGUUGAGGCAGCUGAUGGGCGACGAAUCAUUGCCCGAUCUGUUGUGCUCGCCAGUGGUGGGUUUCAAGGCAGUCCAGACAUGCUGCGUACUCAUCUUGGUCCUGGUGCGGAGACGUUGAGACCGAUAUCACCUGGGACGGCCUGGAACGCCGGCGACGGCAUCCAGAUGGCGCUGGCCAACGGAGCCAAGGCCUCUGGCGAUUGGAACGGAAUGCACAGCGAAGUAAUCGACCCACGGAGCAGUCAGCCAGCGCCACUGGUCCUCAAUUACCCGUACGGGGUUGUGGUGAAUCAGGACGGAAAGCGGUUCGCAGAUGAAGGUGCUGGACUCGUGCAUGACACGUGGGAGCAUCUUUCCAGAACCAUACAUUUUGACACACCGGGCCGCUUAGCCUGGGCAAUUUGUGAUUCCAGAUUUUUUCAAUUGGAGGACCAUGAGGCAGCUAUCCGCUCCGAUAUGCCGCCGGUGACAGCGGACACGAUUUCUGGUCUGGCGGCACAGAUGGGGAUGCCGGAACAAGCGCUUCUGAACACAAUCUUAAACUACAAUGCAGCCUGUAACGCAAACAUGUCUGGCUUUACGGCGGGCCGGCUUGAUAAUCUCGCCACUACCUCAGGUUUGCAACCAUCGAAAUCGAACUGGGCUAGGCCGCUCGACGCUCCGCCGUAUACCGCAUUCCCCUUAGCCGCGGCCAUUGUCUACACUUUCGGCGGCAUUGCGACUGAUGUGGAAGCGCGCGUUCUUGGCCAGAGAGGCAUCAUUCCUAAUCUAUAUGCUGCAGGUGAGAUUACUGGCCAUUUCUACGAGAAGGCUCCAAAUGCAGUGGCCGUUAUGCGGGCACUCGUCUUUGGACGUAUUGCUGGCCUCAAUGCCAUAAGCUCCCAUCAGACAGACAGAAGUGUACCGUUGGGUUAG